CUGCGCUGCCCUCAGCGCCCCGCGCCCUCCGCCAGGGGGCGCCGCGCCAUGGGCGUGUCCUCGCCGGCCGCCCAAUCAGCGCCGCGCCCGCGCGUGGGCGGGGCCGCGCCUGCGCUCAAGGGAGGAGCGGCGGCGUGGCCGCGGCUCCGGGCGCGCCUCGACGGGACCGCCAUGGACCCGCCGCGGCGCUUCUGCCCGCCCGGCCCCGGCCCCGGCGUCCCCAUGGCGCGGGGGCUCCGCGGGCUCGCCGCCUUCUCCCCUCGUCUGCCUGCUCCCCGCCCCGCCCAGCCCCCACCCGAGCCGUCGCCGUUUCCCGCGAUGUUCCGCGCGCUGGGCCUGGAGGAGCGGCCUGUGGAGAGGCCCCUGGGUCGGGGCGGUGCUGGCGGUGAGAAGGCUGCGGCUCCGUCCGGCCCGGUGCAGCUGCAGCAGGAGGAGGAGGAGAAGGGGCCAGCGCUGGCGGCGCUCCCCACGCGUGGGCAGAUCCUGUGGAGGGGCAGAGGGAUUGCGCUGCCCCCCAAGCCUGGAAAAGCCCCCGCUGUGCCUGCCCUCUGCCCACCCGGCCCCCAGCCCUGCCCGACGCCUGUGCCCACCCUGGAGACCCCCCAAGCUGCUGCCAGGCCGACACAGGAGACGAAGCCGGCGGCCAAGGGAGCCACCGUCCCCUUGGGGCUGAACUUUGUGAAGAUCCACUGCCAGAACGAAGCUGUUUACCAGUACCACGUCACCUUCAGCCCCGAGGUGGAGUGCAGGAGUGCUCGCUUUGCCCUGCUGAAGGAGCAGCACGCCGUGACCGGGGACGUGACGGCCUUCGACGGCUCCAUCCUCUACCUGCCCAUCCGGAUCCCCAAGGUCACUGUGAAGGCUCGGAGGAAGGACGGGGAGGAGAUUUCCAUCAACAUCCAGAUGACCAAAGUCCUGGAGCCCAGCUCGGAUCUCUGCGUCCCCUUUUACAACGUGGUGUUCCGCAGGGUGAUGAAAAUCUUAAACAUGAGCCUGGUUAAGAGACAUUUCUUUGAGCCUGCCCAGGCCACCAGUCUGCAGAAGUACAGCCUCCACAUCUGGCCGGGAUACGCCGUCAGCAUCCGGAGGAAGGACGGGGGGCUCUUCCUCAUGGUGGACGCCAUCCACAAGAUCAUCCGCAGCGAGUCCGUGCUGAGCAUGAUGAAAACCAUCCACUCCCAGAACCAGAGGACGUUCCAGGAUGAGUGCAUCAAGCAGCUGGUGGGGAGCGUGGUCAUGACCCGCUACAACUACCGCACCUACCGCGUGGAUGACAUCGACUGGGACAGGACCCCCAAGGACACCUUCACCACGGCCAGCGGGCAGGAGAUGACCUUCAUGGAGUACUACAGGAAGAACUACGGGGUCACCAUCAGGGAGCUGGACCAGCCGCUGCUCGUCCACAAGCCCAAGGAAAAGCUGAUGCCUCAUGGGGGGCGCCAGCUGGACUUGGUGCUGCUCGUGCCAGAGCUCUCCUUCCUCACCGGGAUGUCCGACCUGCGGAAGAACAGUCGGAUGCUGAAGGAGGUGAUGAGGGAGAUGGUGCAGAGCCCGCAGCAGCACUACCAGCGCCUCACCGGCCUCCUGCGCCGCAUCCGCGACAGCCCGGACGCGUCCCGGGAGCUGCAGCUCUGGGGGCUGUGCCUGGACACCGACAUCUUCAGGACCCAGGGUCACGUCCUGCCCGUGGAGAGGAUCAACCUCCGGCACCGCUCCUUCCUUCCCGCCGAGGACCUGGGCUGGCACCGGGAGGUGGCCAGGGAGGUGCCCAUCGCCGUGGUCUCCCUCAAUUCCUGGGUCCUGAUCUAUCCCAAGCGCCUGCAGCACCUGGGCAAGGACCUGCUGGCAGCCAUGAGGAGCAGCUGCGGGGCCUUGGGGAUGCAGGUGGGGCAGCCCACGGUGCGGGAGCUGCACGACGACCGCAUCGAGACCUACGUCAGGAUCAUCCAGAGCUCUAUGGGGAGCCAGGACAAUGUGCAGCUGCUCCUGUUCAUCAUCCCCGGCGGCCGGGACGACAUCUACAGGGCCAUCAAGAAGCUUUGCUGCGUGCAGACCCCGGUGCCCACCCAGGUCAUCAACUCCCACACCCUCUCGGGCCACCCCGGCAAGAUCAGGAGCGUGGUGCACAAAGUUCUGCUGCAGAUCAACUGCAAGCUGGGCGGGCAGCUCUGGGGGGUGGAUAUCCCACUGAAGCAGCUGAUGGUUGUGGGCAUGGACAUCCACCACAGCCGGAGCCAAGGCAUGCGCUCCGUCAUCGGCUUCGUGGCCAGCAUGAACCAAACCCUCACCAAGUGGUACUCCAGGGUGGCUUUCCAGAUGCCCCACCAGGAAAUCGCCGACAGCCUCCGCAUCUGCCUCUCCCAAGCCCUCAGGCGCUUCUACGAGCGGAACCAUUCCCUGCCCAUGAAGAUCGUGGUGUACCGGGACGGGGUGUCCGACCCCCAGCUGGACACGGUGCUCAAGUACGAGGUGCCCCAGCUCCAGAAGAGCUUCCAAACCUUCCAAAGUUACCAGCCCAGCCUCGUGGUGGUGGUGGUGCAGAAGCAGCUGAGCACCAACUUCUACUCCCUGAAAGGAGAGGAGUUUGUGUCCCCUCCCAUGGGCACCGUCAUCGACCACAGCAUCACCAGCCCGGACGGGCAGGAUUUCUUCCUGCUGGCCCAUCACUCCCACCAGGGCUGCAGCGUUCCCACGCGUUACACCUGCGUGUGGAACACAGCCAGCCUCAGCUCCGAGCACCUCCAGAGGCUGACCUUCAAGCUGUGCCACCUCUACUGGAACUGGCCUGGCACUGUCCGUGUCCCUGCCCCCUGCAAAUACGCCCACAGGUUGGCACUGAUGGUGGGACAGAUCCUGCACCAGGAGCCCAGCGCCCACCUCAUCGAGCAGCUCUUCUUCCUUUAACCUGCCAGGACCUGGAUUGCAUUGGGAAAACCGGGAUUGCACUGGGAAAACCGGGAUUGCACCUGGAAUUCAGCUCCUGUUGCCCCCCCCCAGACUGGGGAUCUGCCUUAAUUCCCUGUUUUGGUGUUAAUUUAUUCGUUGUUUGUUGGUUUUAGGGGAUGCUGGGGAUUGCAGCAUCCCAGAGCUGUGGGUUUUUUGGGAAUUCUCUCCUCGUGGGGAUGAACCCAAAGGAGUUUCCCUCCCAGUAAAGGGGGUUGAGUUAAUGAGCCCCCAAAGUGCUGCUGCUCCCACAGCUCAUCCCCAUGCAGAUGCUGGAUGUAAAUCCCAAAGAUUUCAGGGGUUUUUUCCCUCCUUCCCCAGUUUUCUUGCGUUUCCAUGUAGGUUUAAAGUUGUUUUCCUGGGCUUUUUUCAAGCUGCUGUUGAACAAAGCAGCUCCAGUUUGGCCGGUUCUCCCGUCCUUGAGGAGUCACUGGUUUUCCAAGGAGAAUUCUUUGUGGAUUCAGGUCGUUACCGCAGGGAAAAGUUUUGAGUUUUCACCUAUUUUAGGUGCUUUUUUUUUUUUUUUUUUUUUUUU